AUGGCGCCAGCUCUGGAGAGCGGAGAGGCGCUCGAGCUCUGGAGGGCGGAGAGGACGCCGAGCUCUGGAGGGCGGAGAGGACGCUCUGGAGGGCGGAGAGGACCCGAGCUCUGGAGGGCGGAGAGGACCUCGAGCUCUGGAGGGCGGAGAGGACGCUCGAGCUCUGGAGGGCGGAGAGGACGCUCGAGCUCUGGAGGGCGGAGAGGACCUCGAGCUCUGGAGGGCGGAGAGGACGCUCGAGCUCUGGAGGGCGGAGAGGACGCUCGAGCUCUGGAGGGCGGAGAGGACGCUCGAGCUCUGGAGGGCGGAGAGGACGCUCGAGCUCUGGAGGGCGGAGAGGACACACUAGCUCUGGAGGGCGGAGAGGACGCACUAGCUCUGGAGGGCGGAGAGGACGCUCGAGCUCUGGAGGGCGGAGAGGACGCACUAGCUCUGGAGGGCGGAGAGGACACUCGAGCUCUGGAGGGCAGGACACUCGAGCUCUGGAGGGCAGAGAGGACACUGUCGCACUGGAGGGCAGAGAGGACACUGUCGCACUGGAGGGCAGAGAGGACACUGUCGCACUGGAGGGCAGAGAGGACACUGUCGCACUGGAGGGCGGAGAGGACACUGUCGCACUGGAGGGCGGAGAGGACACUGUCGCACUGGAGGGCGGAGAGGACACAUAGACUGUAUCUCUAG